AAAUCAACGAGUAACAUGGAGAAGAUGCUCAAAAUGGACACACAACUGGUGUGGGCACGCGAUCCCGUCGAAGGCUAUAUACAGUGUCGCAUUUCGGAAAUCGGUGCUAAAGAGUUCGAAGUAACGCCAAUUGAUCGGAAAUAUCCGAAGCGCUCUUGCCAUGUCGAUGAUAUAUUUUCGUCGUGUGAUGGAGUGCAAGAUCAUGAUGAUAAUUGUGAGCUGAUGCUGCUGAAUGAAGCCACUUUUUUGGAUAAUUUGAAAACGCGUUACUAUAAAGAUAAAAUCUAUACUUAUGUGGCCAAUAUACUCAUUGCUGUGAAUCCGUAUCGUGAAAUCAGUGAUCUCUACUCUUCAACUACAAUUAAAAAGUAUACCGGACGUUCCUUGGGUGAAUUGCCACCACAUGUGUUUGCUAUAGCUGAUAAGGCUAUACGCGAUAUGCGCGUACUCAAAUCGUCACAAUCGAUUAUCGUAUCGGGCGAAUCGGGUGCAGGCAAAACAGAAUCUACCAAGUAUCUGCUGAAGUAUUUGUGUCAUUCCAGCGACAGUGCCGGGCCCAUUGAGCAAAAAAUUUUAGAUGCCAAUCCCGUAUUGGAAGCUUUUGGUAAUGCCAAAACUACACGUAAUAACAAUUCCUCUCGCUUCGGUAAAUUCAUUGAAGUGCAUUAUGACGCCAAAUGUCAAGUGGUUGGCGGCUAUAUUUCUCAUUACCUACUGGAAAAGAGUCGUAUUUGUACGCAAAGUUCGGAGGAACGCAACUAUCAUGUAUUCUAUAUGUUGCUGGCAGGUGCACCCCAACAGCUGCGUGAUAAGUUGAAUUUGGGAAAGCCAGAUGAUUAUCGGUAUCUCUCUGGCUGCACACAGUAUUUUGCCAACGCAAAAACUGAGCAACUCAUACCGGCUGCUCAAAAAUCCAAGAGUCAUGUAAAGAGAGGUCCACUCAAGGAUCCCAUAAUCGAUGAUUAUAAUCAUUUCCAAAAUCUUGAUCGCGCACUGGGUCGUUUGGGUUUGACCGAAGUGAAUAAACUAGAAAUUUACUCCUUGGUGGCUGCCGUUUUGCAUUUGGGUAAUAUUUCAUUUGAAGAGAUUCCAGAUGACGCACGGGGUGGAUGUCAGGUGUCAGAGACUUCUGAGAAGUCCCUAACUAUCACAUCGAAACUGUUGGGUGUAGAUCCCUCUGAGCUCAGACAGGCGCUCGUAUCGCGUGUAAUGCAAAGCAAAGGUGGCGGUUUCAAGGGAACAGUAAUCAUGGUGCCCCUAAAAAUUUACGAAGCCAGCAAUGCGCGUGAUGCACUCGCCAAAGCAAUUUACAGCCGACUGUUUGAUCGUAUUGUGGCGUUGAUUAAUCAAAGUAUUCCCUUCCAAGUCUCAAAUUUCUAUAUCGGAGUCCUGGAUAUCGCCGGUUUCGAGUACUUUACUGUGAACUCAUUUGAGCAAUUCUGUAUUAAUUACUGCAAUGAGAAAUUGCAAAAAUUUUUCAAUGACAACAUUCUCAAGAACGAGCAAGAGCUGUACAAGAGUGAGGGGUUAAAUGUGCCGGAAAUCACAUUCACCGAUAAUCAGGAUAUUAUCGAUUUAAUUGAAGCGAAAGCCAACGGCAUUUAUACGUUAUUAGAUGAGGAGUCGAAGUUGCCGAAGCCAUCGGCACAACACUUCACGGCUGAGGUGCACAAGGCGUGGUCAAAUCAUUUCCGCUUGGGCUUGCCACGUUCAUCGCGUUUGAAGGCGCAUCGCACACUAAGGGAUGAGGAUGGUUUCCUUGUGCGUCACUUUGCCGGCGCUGUCUGCUACAAUACGGAGCAAUUUAUUGAGAAAAACAACGAUGCCUUGCAUGCGUCCUUGGAGGGUUUGGUGCAGGAAUGUGAGAAUCCGCUGCUAAAAACACUUUUUCCUUCCGGCAGUAACACAUCAUUACGCGGCAAAUUGAAUUUCAUUUCUGUGGGCUCGAAAUUCAAAAGUCAACUUGCCGAGUUGAUGGACAAAUUAGAAAAGAAUGGCACUAAUUUUAUACGCUGCAUCAAACCAAACAGCAAAAUGAUCGAUCGGGAUUUCGAAGGUGGCCUAGCACUAGCACAGCUUAAGUGUUCUGGCACUAUUUCCGUGUUGGAGCUUAUGGAGCAUGGUUAUCCAUCACGUGUACCAUUUGCUGAUCUUUACAAUAUGUAUAAAUCGGUUUUGCCACCCGAACUGGCUAAACUACCGCCACGCACAUUCUGCGAAGCUAUGUUGCAAUCGCUCAAUCUAAGCUCAAAAGAUUUCAAAUUUGGCGUCAAAAAAGUUUUCUUCCGCCCUGGAAAGUUCGUUGAAUUCGAUCGCAUUAUGAAAUCGGAUCCCGAAAAUCUUUUGGCCAUUGUCGCCAAGGUGAAGAAGUGGUUAAUACGUUCACGCUGGGUCAAAUCUACACUGGGUGCGGUGUGUGUAAUCAAAUUACGCAAUCGUAUCAAGUAUCGCAACAAUUGUGUUUUACUCAUACAACGCACUGUGCGUGGUUAUUUGGCGCGCAAACAGCAUCGCCCACGAUACCAAGGUAUUGCAAAGAUCAACAAAGUACGUUUGAAUGCCCAGAAAACCAUCGAAAUUGCUGGCGGACUGAAGAAUGGACGCGAUGAGUUUAUUAGUGAAGUAAAUGGUAUACAUCGUCAGGUGGAUGAAGCCAUAAAAACAAUAAAGACAAAUGAAAAAAUCACUUCUCGAGAAAUCGAUGGACUUUACACUAUCGUUAUGGCCAAUAUGAACAAGCUCACUGUGGAUUUGAACACUAAGUUGAAGGAACAAAAGCAAGCUGAGGAACAAGAGCGUCUGCGUAAAAUACAGGAAGCGCUCGAGGCUGAACGGCGCGCCAAGGAGGAUGAAGAACGAAAGAAACUUGAAGAGGAAGAAAACAAACGACUCAAAGCUGAAAUGGAAUCACGCCGAAAAGUCGAAGAGGUCCAACGUGUAAAACAAGAGGAGGAGGAUCGCAAGGCGGCAUUAGCGUUGCAAGCACAGCUGGAGAAGGAAGCACAAGAUGAUGCCAAAUAUAGGCAACAAUUGGAACAGGAGCGCCGUGACCAUGAAUUAGCAUUACGUUUGGCCAACGAAACAAAUGGCGUAGUGGAGGAGAGUCCACCAGUUAUACGCAAUGGUCAAAAUGAUGUUUCUCCCAUGGCUCCGAACAAACUUAUCAGUUUUACACGAGGUGUUGCAACGUUUGCAUCUCGAUAUUUCAAUAAAUCUGAGAACGUCCGCGCUCAGCAACAGGCCUUGGGUAAACAGAAAUACGAUUUGUCUAAAUGGAAAUACUCGGAAUUACGUGAUGCAAUUAACACUUCCUGUGAUAUUGAGUUGCUUGAGGCUUGCCGUCAGGAGUUUCACCGUCGUUUGAAGGUCUAUCAUGCAUGGAAAGCAAAGAACCGCAAACGCACUACCAUGGAGGAGAACGAACGAGCACCCAAAAGCGUAAUGGAAGCUGCUUAUAAGGCACCACCGCUCGCACAUCCGAAACAGGAAAUCACAACUGCUCAACAUCGUUACUUCCGUAUUCCAUUCAUGCGGGCUAAUGCUCCUGAAAAUACCAAACGAGGUCUCUGGUAUGCACACUUUGAUGGGCAAUGGAUAGCGAGACAAAUGGAAUUGCAUGCCGACAAACCACCUAUAUUGUUAGUGGCAGGCGUCGAUGACAUGCAGAUGUGCGAACUCAGCCUGGAGGAGACCGGUCUGACACGCAAACGUGGCGCUGAGAUUUUAGAGCAUGAAUUUAAUCGUGAAUGGGAACGUAACGGGGGCAAACCAUAUAAAAAUUUAGGUGCUAAUAACUAAAAAAGAAAACCAUCGAGCUUCCCAAACGCUCUUCUUCUCAUCUAGCACUGAAGUGAGGCAAAUGGGGGAAAUGCAGACUAAAUAAGUAAUUGACAUAAAAUUCAGCUGUUCAGUUGAAAUCGCAAAUAAAUCAAAAGUAGUUAAAUAAAUGAUUACUAAAAUUGUAAGUGUAUGUAUUUUUGCAAACCACUUUUUGAUAUCCAAACAAAUUAAGAACCGUCGGUCAAUGUGCUUUCAAUGUAUCAACAAGAGCAAGGGAAUUAAAUUUAGCAGUAAUAAUAGCGUUAGAUUUGGCAAAUUGCUACUCUAUGUUUGGUUGCCUGAUAUAUACAUAACUGAAAAUAAAUUAAUAUAAGUUGCGUAAUUACAAUUGUUGCACACUUUGAAGUAAAAGAAAUGUAUUUAAUUAAAUUGAAGUAUUACCGAACCAUUUGCUAGAGUUUAUAAAGUUAUAUUAACAUUAGUUGCUAUAAAUGAAAAUGUAAAACGUUGCAAAUUUUAAAUUAGGGAAGACCAAAUUUUAUAAAAUCAACAGAAAAAGUAUGUAGCUUCAGUAUUUUCAUUGUUGCUUAGAUAUCUUAUAUAAUUACAUAAAUUGCGAAUUUUAAAACCAGCUUUUGAACAAUAUUGAAAAAUGUCAAAAAUCUCGUUCGCACGCAAACAGUUGAAAAAGUUAGGUAGAAACGUUAUUGUUUGAUGUGAGCACAGAACUCUAUAAUUACAUAUUGCAACCGAAACAUUUCAACAUUUUCUCAGAAAUAUUAUACGCCUCCUAUACAACAGUACAUUACACAUACAUACAUGUACUUUAAAUUACUACUCAAAUCCAAUUUACAAUUAAAAAUUAUUCAAUACCUGUGUCUUCUUUCUCAACACCACAAGCACACUAUGCGGGUGUAUGGAGGUACAGUAGUAAUGUACAACUCUUGAGAAUAAUUAAAUUAAUGUGUCUUUUAUGUGUACGUCAUGAACAUAUGCAUGUAUGUAUUUUAUUAAAAACCUCUAAAUCGUUUUGGCAUACAAAUAUGGAAUAGUAAUUCUUAUGGACUCUUAGUUUACUUUACUGAUAACAGUAUAAAAAAGCAGCUAUGUUUUGUUAUAACUAGCAAAAGAUAGGGCGAAUAACUUACGUAUUAAGAAUGUCUAUUUAUAAUUUUAUGUAUACAAAACCACAGCUAACAUGAAUACUAUGGAAAAUAAAUACUUUAUACUUGAAA